CACAGACACUUCGCCAUGGAGUCCAUUUCGCGCAUCACCAAUUUCAUUGACACGGCUCGCGAUCUCACCCUCGAAGCCGCUCGCGAUGCCAGCAACGCCCGCAGAGGACCGACCCGCGUGCUGCCCUCGGGCCAGCUUAAGAAACUCCUCGAUAGUCGCUCCGAACGCGAUGUCCUCGAAGGCUUGCGAAGAGUCGUGACGAUGUCCUACAGGCAACCUCCCUCGCAGACCCUUCCGUUCUUCACCCACGUCAUCAAGAAUAUUGCCUCGCCGUCUCUGCCUAUCAAGAAGCUGGUAUACAUAUAUCUCCUCCAGCAUGCUGAACACGAGCCAGACACCGCCCUGCUUUCCAUCAACACGAUACAAAAGUCGCUUACCGACAAAAAUCCUCAAUUACGCGCUCUUGCUCUGCGAGUCAUGUCCGGUAUCCGUGUGCCAGUCAUUAGUCAGAUCGUGAGCUUGGGCAUCAAGAGAGGCGUGGGAGACAUGUCUCCGCAUGUUCGGCGAGCGGCAGCGCUCGCCAUACCGAAAUGCUACAGACUAGACCCGAGCACGGAGCCUCAGCUGCUAGACUAUCUCUCAACUUUACUUGGAGACAAGCAAUAUUUUGUUACAGGAGCAGCUGUCGCCGCAUUCUUGGACUUGUGUCCAGAUCGCUUGGACCUCAUUCACACUCAUUAUCGAUCACUUGUCCGCAAACUUGUCGACAUGGACGAAUGGGGGCAGUUGGCUACUUUACGUUUGAUGAUGGUCUAUGUUCGGAAAUGUUUUCCUAGGCGAACGAAGAAGGUCAGGAGGGCCAAGUUGACUAAUAACGGCAAUACGAAAUCUCGGGGGACAAAAGGAUUCUACGAUACCGAGAGUGAAUCCGAAGAGGUGGAUGUUGACGACUGGGAAGAAACCGUGGUUCUGGACUCUGACCUUGAACUCCUGCUCAAGUCGUGUCUGCCCUUGUUGCAAUCAAAGAAUUCAGCUGUUGUCAUAGCUGUGGCGCGAACGUAUCUAUAUCUCGGUACUCCGGAUUAUCUUUCGCUCGCCAUCGGCCCUCUGAUUUCGCUUCUGCGCACUUCUGGUGACAUACAACAUAUUGCGCUUUACAACGUUGUUCAGGUCUGCCUCUCGCACCCAAAGCCCUUUGUAAACUACUAUACCCAUUUCCUAGUGCGAUCGACAGAUGCACCGCAUAUAUGGCGCCUAAAAUUAGAGCUUCUUACUCUUAUCUUUCCACAUGCCCAGCCCCGACUACAAAGUCUGAUUCUCGCCGAAUUAAGCCACUUCUCACACUCCGGGAGCCUGGAUCCAGGGCUCGUCAAGGAGGCUGUGCGAGCCAUUGGACGCUGUUCUCAAACUACAAACCCAAAAACCUCAGCACGGUGCUUGAAACUGCUUCUGGCUCACAUAGGCUCUGCGGACGCACAUCUGGUUGCAGAGUCCCUAGAAGUCAUCCGACACCUAAUCCAACGCGACCCAGAUAGCCACCGAACGACAGUCAUAAGGCUCGCAAAACAUCUGGAUGCGGCGACUAGCCCGCAAGCUCGUGCGAGUAUCAUUUGGCUUGUGGGUGAGUUUGCUGGUCUGGAUCCGGAAAAUAACAUUGCUGCAGAUGUCUUGCGAAUCCUCAUCAAAGGAUUCGCAGACGAGGCAGAAGCCGCAAAACUUCAGAUCGUGCUGCUAGCAGCCAAAGUCUACGUACACCACCUGAACGCGAACCCCCCACCUUCCCCACCAAAAGCAUCGAUUUCACCAUCACAAUCUAGAACCUCGAUCCUUGAUGAUUUACAGGAAGAAGGCGGGUUUCGGGACUCACACUUAGAUUCCUCACUGCAGUCACCCCCCGCGCCAUUGCCAGAGAAAGAGAACCCUCAUCCCAUCGAAGCGCUCUGGAACUACACCCUCCUUUUGACCCGCUACGACACAUCCUACGACCUUCGCGACCGUGCCCGCGUCUACAAAUCUCUCCUUUCGACCCCGUCUUCGACCCAGCUAGCUUCGCUCCUCCUCCUGGCGCCGAAGCCUGUCCCACAGACGCCGAGUCCCAGCGAGACGCGCAAGAACUACGCACUUGGCAGCGCGAGUCUGGUCAUCGGCGACGAGGGCGGGGUCGGUGGCCUGAAAGGAUACGAUGGCAUCCCUCCGUGGGUCAAAGAGGGUAAACAGCCCGAUCCGGCGCUAAGAAACGACGUGAGCGCCUCUUCUUCCUCGGCACAAUCAGCAUAUGAUGCUGGGAGGACGGUGAGUGCGGCUGAACGACUGGAUUCGGCGGCGGGCGGGAGUGCCCGAUCGGGUUCUCCUGCGACGCCGCUCAAUGGCGAUGGGUACGCUGUUCCUAGCAACGGCGGUGGUGGAAAAGAGAAGGAGAAGACACUGGAUGAGUGGUUAGCGUCGGAGAGCGAGAGCGAGGAAGAGGAGACUGAUGAUGACGAGGAAGAAGAUGACGAGGAUGAAGACGAAGAAGAUAGUUCGGAGUAUGAGACUGACAGCGAGGACGAGGGGGAGAGUGGUAGAUUGAUGAAGUAAUCCAACACUCUUCUGACUCCAAGCCAAUCUUGCAAUGCUACGUCUUUGCGCUUGGGUUGGACUCAAUGAAUGCAUUUGUUUAGUU